ACAAGAACAACCAAGCCGGCAAAACUAACUUGUCUGAUACUAAAAAUCACUGUUAUAAAGCGUCUGUCCGGUUAGCACACUUACUAUCCGGCCUCUGAUUGGUUGAAUAAACAGGUGUUGGUGGGCGUCAUCAACGCGUGCUGUACACGCAGAGAACAUAUGUCAGGAACAUGGCCAUCAUGUGGGCAGCAUUCCCUCAACAUGUAGACAGCAUUCUCUUAGCACGUGAACAGACAGAGAAAAGUCACAUACUUGUGGUUCCGCGAUAUUGAAUGUGCGUCACAAAUCGUGCCACGGGAAAUUCAAUGUUAGGAAAUGCAUAACAAUAACUGAGUAAUUACAAAUGUCACAAGCUAUAUUGAAGAUUUUCAAUGUUAAAACGUGGUAAUGUGGGUGUACAAAAAUGGCAAAAUAAAUGCUCUGAGUCACGUACUCGUUUGUCAUUUCAAGAUCCCCUUUGGCUUCCUUUCGUCACUCGCCAGUGGCAUAGCGACUGGGAGGUGCGGGGAGAUGUGCUUUGUUAUUGGUCAACAUAAUCAGAUUCAAGUGAAUUCGUCAAAUAUAUAAUACAUAUGGAAUAGUUCUAAAUAUGAUUAUUUGCGUUUAAAAUCGUCCGUUUACGAAAAUCUAGUGUGAUCUCAAGCAUGGUGGUGCUUCAUAGCAUAAUCCCCUUCCUAUAUCCAUAUAUCUUCUAUUCUUCCUAUAUCCCAGCUCGCCCAGCCCGGCCCACAAUUAAUUUGGUGAGGUAAUCUUGUUGCACGAGCCUGCGAUCCGUGUUUAAAGCCAUUGUUUUCUAUUUUUUCUAUUGUAUAUAAAAAUAAACGAAAAUAAAAAUUAUGAAAUGUCUUGUUGCGAAGGGGGAGAAUAGAAAUUUAAUUAUUAAAAUUGCUGUAAUUUUGUUUGUAUGCUGUAGUUUUAUCAUGGGUGAUACAGCAAGUUCACAAAAAUCUGAAGACUACCCUAUCAAGUUUGACCCUAAAGAAUUAAAGGAAAGGCUUUCUCCUCAGCAGUUUGAUGUCACCCAAAAUGCAGGAACAGAAAGGGCGUUUACUGGGGUAUAUUGGGACAACCACAAGGAUGGCAUUUAUCGUUGUGUUGUUUGCAACCAAGAGCUUUUCUCGUCCACUACAAAAUUUGAGUCAGGAAGUGGUUGGCCAUCAUUUUAUGAAGUCAUUCAAAAUGGAUCAGUAAAGGAAAUUGUUGAUACAUCUCAUGGAAUGAGACGAACUGAAAUUGUUUGUGCUAAGUGUGGAGCUCAUUUGGGACACUUGUUUAAAGAUGGUCCUCGACCAACUGGGAAGAGAUACUGCAUGAACUCUGCAUCCUUGACUUUCCAGGAUGAGAAAAAUAAUGAAAAAGUGAUAAGACAAUCAGACAAAGAUACAAAGAAAGAAGAUUUGUGAAAUCUUGUUUAAAUUAGUUUGACAUUUACUAUUCUCUAAACUAAACUGAACUGGACCAUCUGAUGGUGAUGGUUAUAAAGUCACUUUAUAUCUAGGUUGACUAAGUUAUAAAGUUUUUACUUGUGAAUCAAUGUAAGUACCAAACCUUUAGAAAUACAGACCUCAUAUUACAUGUUCCUUUAGCAUACGCAAAUGA